AUGUUGGUGCCGAGGUCUUUUCGCUAUAACGCUGCGCCGUCGAUGCGGGUGUAUGAUGAGAAAGAACAAGAGUCAAGACGGAGAAAGAGAGAGCCGAAGAUCGUGAGGGCGGAGAACAAGACGAGACCGCAGUCGCCGGUGCGCGCGAGGACGGAGCCGACGAGGGCGCCUACGCCGCCGGUGGAUGUACCUACGACGCCUGAGAGGACGCCGGUGAUGCCACCGAAGAAGAACGAGAGGGUGGAGAGUAGGGCGAGGAGUAGUGGUGGGAGGAAGAGCUCGAAGCAUGACCCGAAUGCGCUGCCUCCGGCGGUAGCUGCGCUGCUGGCAGUCACGCAGAUACCUCGACCGAAGCCGAAUCAGUUCCGCCGGCGCUCAACCACUGCAGAUCGAAGGAUCUCGAUAGACGAGCUGGUGAAUGAGUGGAAGAGCGAGGAGUCGCUCAAGUCGAGCUAUGGCAGCAGUCCGACUCUGAGUAUGCUCCUCGAGGAGGACGAUGAUGAAGAGCACCAGCCUACGCCGCAGAACGGAACACCUGAAGAGGGCAACCUGCACACGCGGUCAACAUCUCUCGACUCCGUUCCCUCUCUCUCAGACGACAACCGCUCCACGCUCUCUGGCGGCAGCCUACCCACCCCCGGCUCCCUACGAAGCCGAAAAUCCUACUCCAACUUCAAGAAAGAGAAACAGCGCUCCCUCCCAGCGUCCGUAGACUGCGCCACCUCGCACCCCCUCGCCUCUCUCCCUUCCUCGGACGACGACGACGAAGGACCCCCCGACUUCCUCCUCACCCCCACCACCCCGACAACCCCCAAGCCCAAAUCCUCCUUCAAAUCCAACCUCACCACCUCCUUCGCCGCCCUGCGCAACGCCCUCGCCACCUUCAGCGUCUCCUCCGUCUCCCCCUCCCAACGCAACCCGAACUCUCCAAUGUCCGACGACAUGCUCUGGUCCCACCCCUUCCUCUUCCCGCGCUUCAGCCCGGAAGUCCGGCCCGCGAUCGAGGGGACCCCGACGCAGGCGCAGCGCCGCUACCUCAACCCCCUGCCCCUGACGUUCGAGGAGCAGGAGGCGCCGUAUCAGAUGGCUUUGCACGCUCCCUACCUCGCGGAGCAGUCCGUCGAGGGCAAGGCCGCACCGACGAUUCAGAUGCAGACGUACUCCCGCGGUCGCCGGAAGGCGAGCUCGAGCUCAAAGAACCGUUCUUCUUCCUCAAACCCAGACCCUCAAUCCGAAGCCGGUCGAGCGCUCACCGGCAGCGCGGGGGUGAGGCAGCGAGAACCGAGGGAGAAUUCCGAUUUUUUGAGGGUGGUGGUGUUGGAGAUGAAUAUGCGGAGGGAGGGGAAGUUGGAGUAUGGACGGGCGAAGAUUUGGCUGCCGCCGAUGGUUGUAAGGGAGAGUGGUGGGGGGAGGGAGGGGAGGGUGCCGAGGAGAUGGGUGGGGGUUAGUGUUGGGGAGUGUUGA